AAUGACAAGCUCAUAUCUUGUAGAAUACAUCUAUUGGUAUCAAGAAGGAAUUAACGAACAUUGGAUAAUCUUAAAAGAUCCAUUUACAGGAGAAUUUGCAAGAAAGAAAAUUGAUUUAAAAGAAACCUUGGCAUUACAACAAAUCUGUCAAGAUUUAACAACAGAAGAAAAUUAUUUCUGUACAUAUCAAUUGGCAGAAACUUGUGACGGGUUCAUAUACUUCAUACCUGAAGGAUCAUAUGAAGAUAGAAAUUUAAAAAUAUAUUUUAAAGAAUUAUUUGAACCACCAUCUUAUCAAGUAAGAAUUAGAAAAGCAAUUACACCAGGAUAUAAUAUUAUUACUGAUAACUACGGAACAAGAGAAUUGAUUAAAGAAGAAUUAGCAGAACAAUUGAUAAAAAUUCUGGAAAAUCAAGCAUACAAAGUAAUUGAAACAGAAAGUUAUAAAAUAUAUAGAGAUAUUGAAACACCUGACGACACAUUUGAAGAUAUCAUUGUAGAAAUAGAAGCUUAUGGAAAGAAUGAUCUUAAGAUCAACAAAGACUUUAGUACCGAUUGA